AUGGAGCUGUCCACACUGCCCGGUGCUGGAGCCGACUCCGAAUUCUUCUUCAACAGCAGCCGCCUGCGCGACUCGCCCUGGGGUCCCUUCCCCAACGAGAGCUUCAACCACACGGGGCUGCCCGGGGCUAAGGACCCCACCUCCAUCAUCAUCGCCAUCGCCAUCACCGCCCUCUACUCCGUGGUGUGCGUGGUGGGGCUGCUGGGGAACAUCCUGGUCAUGUACGGCAUCGUCAGAUACACCAAGAUGAAAACGGCCACCAACAUUUACAUCUUCAACCUGGCCCUCGCAGACGCCCUGGCGACGAGCACGCUGCCCUUUCAGAGUGCCAAAUACCUGAUGGAGACCUGGCCCUUUGGGGAGCUGCUCUGCAAGGUGGUCCUUUCCAUCGACUACUACAACAUGUUCACCAGCAUCUUCACACUGACCAUGAUGAGUGUGGAUCGCUACAUUGCCGUCUGCCACCCGGUCAAGGCCCUGGACUUCCGCACCCCAGCCAAAGCCAAGAUCAUCAACGUCUGCAUCUGGGUCCUCUCCUCUGUGAUUGGCGUGCCCAUCAUGGUCAUGGCUGUGACCAAGUCAAAAGACGGGACCGUGCUCUGCAUGCUCCAGUUCCCCGACCCCGCCAUGUACUGGGACACGGUGACCAAGAUCUGCGUGUUCAUCUUCGCCUUCCUGGUGCCCAUCCUGGUCAUCACCAUCUGCUACGGGCUCAUGAUCCUCCGCCUCAAGAGCGUCCGCCUCCUCUCGGGCUCCAAGGAGAAGGACCGCAAUCUGCGUCGCAUCACUCGCAUGGUGCUGGUCGUGGUAGCGGCCUUCAUCAUCUGCUGGACGCCCAUCCACAUCUUCGUCAUCGUCUGGACGCUGGUGGACAUAGACAAGAAGAACCCCUAUGUGGUGGCCAGCUUACACUUCUGCAUCGCCCUGGGUUACACCAACAGCAGCCUCAACCCUGUCCUCUACGCCUUCCUGGACGAGAACUUCAAGAGGUGUUUCCGGGAGUUCUGCCUGCCCUUCCGGUCCCAGAUGGAGCAGAACAGCUUCUCCCGAGCGAGGACCACCACCCGGGAGCGCGUCUCCACCUGCACCCCUUCCGAAGCCCUCAAUAAGCCGGCAUGACUAGGCAUGGACAGCCACCGGCGGGGUUCCCGCAG